AUGGCUUCAGGCCAAAAUUGUAAUCAAAAUGAAAAGUGCCUAAUCAACCCGGCUCCCGGUGUCUGCGCGGAGAACCAGCGCCGGAUGUUCUACAGCUACAGCUCCAAGACCAGCUCUUGUGUCGCUAUUUACGGCUGUUAUAGCAUCCGCGACCGUAACGUUUUCGCAACGAGGCUUGGAUGCGAGCGCAGCUGCGGCAGACGAGAUUCUAUUACGUCACUUCCGGUGGAGACCACCACCAUAUCUCAGUUUGAUUUGACCUUCGUUGACGUCGCCGGCGGAAUAAGCUUGGGUACUGCGGCGGAACGACAGAGAAAUAUGUUCAAUAUUGAUACUAGCGGGGCCGGAAGUAACAUAAUUUGGAACGCCCCUGGUGGCAUUGGUGUUGCAUACGAUGUUUUGAAUGGCGGAGCAAAUGUGAAUACAAAGAUGGGGGUCGAUAUGAUUGACAUCCGGAAUCAGGAACAGAACCGGCCGCCCAUGGCAGAUAUCCGGCCCGCAGAUAUUAGAGAAGAAAAUGUGAAUAACAAUAUGUUUGAUAUAAGAGGUGAAAACACGAUGAAACCUAUGCAGGAUAUCAGAGGACAGACUGGAAACAGUAACAUGGUUGAUGUAAGAAGCCAAAAAAGAAACAAUAUGGUUGACAUGAGACUAGAAGCAACCAAUAAACCAAGUGUUGAUAUACGGACCCAAACGGAUUCUCAACAGAGUUUGGUUGAUACAAGAAAUCAAGGCGGAAACAGAAAAGGUCUCGUUGAUAUUCGGAAAGAAUUAAACAAUCGAGUAGAAACAAUAGACGUACGGGGAACAAAUGCAUCCCCUACUAUAAUGGAAGACAUACGAACAAUGACUAGUGCUAAGGGUGUUAACGAUAUUGAUUUGGACAUAAGGUUCCAACCGCUAACAAAUGAAAGGUUUGUUGACAUACGUAACCAGGCUAAAAUAAACGCUAACGUGAUUGAUAUAAUAAUAGAUCCCUUAGAUGAAAGGAAUACGGUUGAUAUUCGACAAGCACAACAGCGAGGAGUUCAGGCACGGUUUGUUGAUAUUAGGGAAGACAUUCCAAAUCAAAAUAUAGCUGACGUACGAAAUGAUGUACCUACGGAUCCUACUUUUGUGGACAUUCGAAACGGCGGACCAAACAAUCCAAACUUUGUUGAUAUUCGGAAUGGCGGAUCUUUAACAUCAAACCUUGUUGACAUUCGGAACGGUGACCCAACUGGAAAAAUGAUAGAUGUCAGAGGUCAAGGAAAUCAACCAAAUAUGGUUGACAUCAGGAGACAAACCAGUGGACCAAAUAUGAUUGAUGUAAGAGGUCGAAACAAUGCAACAAAUAUGGUUGAUAUUAGAGGACAAAGUAGUGGACCAAAUAUGGUUGAUAUUAGAGGACAAAGCAGUGUAACAAAUAUGAUUGAUAUUAGAGGUCAAGGUAAUGGACCGAACAUGGUUGAUAUUAGAGGACAAAGCAGUGGAUCAAAUAUGGUUGAUAUAAUAGAAAAAAGUAGUAGAUCAAAUAUGGUUGAUAUUAGGGGCCAAAACAGCGGACAAAAUAUGGUUGAUAUCAGAGGACAAAAUAGUGCGGUAAAUAUGGCUGAUAUUAGAGGACAAAACAGUCAACUAAAUAUGGUUGAUGUAAGGGGUCAAAAUAAUGCAGCAAAGUUGGUUGACAUUAGAGGACAAACCAGUGGACCAAAUAUGGUUGAUAUUAGAGGCCAAAGCAGUGGACCAAAUAUGGUAGAUAUCAGAGGAGAAAACAGCGCGGCUAAUAUGGAUGAUAUCAGACGACAAAACAGUGCACAAAAUAUGGUCAAUGUAAAAGGUCAAAACAAUGCAGCAAAUAUGGUUGAUAUAAGAGGACAAAGCAGUGUAUCAAAUAUGGUUGACAUAAGAGGACACAAUAGUGGACCAAAUAUGGUUGAUAUGAGAGGCCAAAGCAGUGGACCGAAUAUGGUUGAUAUCAGAGGACAAAACAGUGCGGAAAAUAUGGCUGAUAUUAGAGGACAAAACAGUAAAUUAAAUAUGGUCGAUGUAAGGGGUCAACACAAUGCAGCAAAGUUGGUUGAUAUCAGAGGUGAAAGCAGUGCACCAAAUAUGGUUGAUAUAAGUGGCCAAAGCAGUGGACCAAAUAAGGUAGAUAUCAGAGGAGAAAACAGCGCGACUAAUAUGGUUGAUAUUAGAGGACAAAACAAUGGACCAACUAUGGUCGAUGUAAGAGGUCAAAACAAUGCAGCAAAUAUGGUUGAUAUAAGAGGACAAAGCAGUGGCCCAAAAAUGGCUGAUAUUACAAGACAAAGCAAUGGACCAAAUAUGAUUGAUAUUAGAGGCCAAGGUAAUGGACUGAACAUGGUUGAUAUAAGAGAACAAGGCAGUGGAGCUAAUAUGGUUGAUGUUAGACGUCAAAUUAUUGGACCAAAUAUGGUUGAUAUCCGAAAUCAAGGACAUGGACAUAAUAUGGUUGAUAUAAGAGGCCAAAGCAGUGGAGCUAACAUGGUUGAUAUCAGGGGACAAAACACUGAACUAGAUAUGGUUGAUAUCAGAAAACGAAGCAGUGAAGCUAAUAUGAUUGAUGUUAGAGGUGAAGUUAAUGGACCGAAUAUGAUUGAUAUCAGAGACGAAAGCAGUGCAUCAAAUAUGGUUGAUAUCAGAGGACAAAACAGUGGACCAAAUAUGGUUGAUGUACGAGGUCAAAGUAGUAGACCAAAAAUGAUUGCCGUCAGGGGACAAAACAGUGAAGUUAAUAAAGUUGAUGUCAGAAAACAAAGCUCGGGCGUUAAUGUGGUUGAUGUUAGAGGUAAACGAAAUGGACCAAAUAUGGUUGAUAUAAGAGGUGAAGGUAACGGACCAAAUAUGGUUGACAUCAGAGGUCAAAGUAGCGGACCAAAUAUGGAUGAUGUAAGAGGUAACGGUGAUGGGCAAAAUAUGGUUGAUAUCAGAGGACAGGACAGUGGAGCUAAUAUGGUUGAUAUAAGGGGACAAAGCAGUGUAACUAAUAUGGUUGAUAUCAGAGGACAACAUAGUGGGGCUAAUAUGGUUGAUAUCAGAGGACAGAACAGUGGUGUAAAUAUGGAAGAUAUCAGAGGACGAAACAGUGGGGCUAAUAUGGUUGAUAUCAGAGGACAGAACAGUGGUUCAAAUAUGGUUGAUAUCAGAGGACAACAUAGUGGACCUAGUAUGGUUGAUGUAAGAAAUCAAGGUAAUGGACCAAAUAUGAUUGAUAUAAGAGGACAUGAUAAUGGACCGCAUUUGAUUGAUAUCAGAGGUCAAAGCAGUGCAGAAAAUAUGUAUGAUAUCAGAGGUCAUGGUAAUGGACCCAAUAUGGUUGAUAUCAGAGGUCAAGGUAAUGUGCCAAAUAUGGUUGAUAUUAGGGGACAAAGCAGUGCAGCAAAUAUGGUUGAUAUAAGAGGUCAGGGUAAUGGACCAACUAUGUUUGAUAUAAGAGGACAAAGCAGUGCAGCGAAAAUGGUUGAUGUUAGAGGUCAGGGUAACGUAACAAAUAUUGUUGAUAUCAGAGGACAAAACAAUGCAGCAAAAAUGGUUGAUGUUCGAGGACAAACAAGAGGACCAAAUAUGGUUGAUGUCAGAAAACAAAGCAGUGGACCAAAUAUGGUUGAUAUCAGAGGCAAAAGCAGUGAAUCAAAUAUCGUUGAUAUCAGAGGUCAAAAUAUUGGACCAAAUAUAGUUGAUAUAAGAAAAGAAAGAAGUGGAGCUGAUAUGAUUGACAUCAGAGGAGAAAGCAGCGGACCAAAUAUGGUUCAUGUCCGUGAUCAAAAUAAUGAACCAACUAUGGCUGAUAUAAGAAGAGAAAACAGUGAACCAACUAUGGUUGAUAUAAGAGGACAAAACAUUGGACCAAAUAUGGCUGAUGUCAGAGGACAAAACAGUGCGGCUAAUACGGUUGACAUUAGAGGUCAAAAUAAUGGUUUAAAUAUGGUUGAUAUCAGAGAACAAGUCAGUGGAGCUAAUAUGGUUGAUGUUAGACGUCAAAUUAAUGGACCAAAUAUGGUAGAUAUCAGAGGGCGGAACAGUGGACCUAAGAUGGUUGAUGUAAGAGGCCAGGGUAAUGGAUCGAAUAUGAUUGACAUCAGAGGUAAAAGUAAUGGACCAAAUAUGGUUGAUGUCAGGGGACAAAGCAGUAGACAUAAUAUGGUUGAUAUCAGAGGACAAGGCAACGGACCUAAUAUGGUUGAUAUCAGGGGACAAGGCAAUGAACCUUAUAUGGUUGAUGUAAGAGGUCAAGGAAGUGGUCCCACUAUGACAGACAUACGCAAUUCUUUAAGUGAAACUAUGGUCGACAUUCGCGAGUGGGAAAGCCACCAAAAUAUGACUGACAUCAGAACGGGUAUUGGAAGCACCGUGACCGUCAUAAAUCAGACAGAUACAAGUUUCGUUGGCGAAGGUCAUAAGUCGGGCGUGAUCGAGUACGUCCCCGAUUCUCUCACGGGACUGCCGAUCAUCAGUAUCAGACAGGGAGUCCGUAUAGCCAGGGAGUGCAUGAUCAACCCUACGCCUGGACUUUGUCUGGACAGUCAGCGGAAGACAUUCUGGACGUUCAGUACGAAAACGAACUCAUGCACGCGUAUAACCGGAUGUUUCGACAUCCACGAUCGGAACACUUGGCUUACACAAGUUGGCUGCGAGAAAAACUGCUUCAAGAAUGACAGCGUUGAGGAGCCACAGGGCGCACUUCCGCUCGAAUGUCAGUUAAACCCGACCCCCGGGCGGUGCCUCCCGACGGAGGAGCGGACAGUGUGGAUGUACAACACCAAGCUAGCGGCCUGCCGAGAGGUGACAGGAUGUUUCGACUUCCACGACCGCAAUGUGUGGCCAUCCAGAGAGAGGUGCGCGUCUAAAUGUCGCCUGGAAUACACAGUUAUUGCACCUGAAAUGCCGCAGCAAACCCCAGGUGUUCGAAUAGCAGAGGAAUGUCGUAUCAACCCGUCCCCGGGGCGUUGUCAGGACAGCGAGCAGACGAGCCUCUGGACGUUCAGCAUCAAGACCUCCGCCUGCACGCUCAUCACUGGCUGCUAUAACAUCCGGGACAGAAACACGUGGCUGUCUAGGAGCGCGUGCGAGACCGGAUGUAUAAUAAAUGCUACCGAGGAGCAACCUGAUACUAGACCACUUGAAUGUCGCCUGGUGCCUACCCCCGGGCAGUGCACGUCGUCUAUGGUCCGCAACGUCUUCACGUUCAGCGAGAAGCUAGGCGUGUGCGUGGAAAUCAACGGCUGUUACGACUUCCACGACCGUAACGUCUGGGAGACUAUGACGUUAUGUGCCAAUCGCUGCCAUGUCAACGCGCCGGAUGUUCCGGAUAUGUCGAACUACGACAUCGCUCUAGAGUGCCAACUAACGCCUUCGCCGGGCCGCUGUCGCGAGUCGGAGUACCGGAAGUUUUGGACGUUCUCACCGAAGGCGGCAGGAUGCGUCGCGAUUGAUGGCUGCUACACGGUGAACGACAGAAACGUGUGGCUCACCCGGCAAUCCUGUCAACGUAGCUGCCUCCGACCGAAGGGCGUGUCCUCGGAGUUUGUUGCUCCAAGCUGUCAACGCGCACCGGAACCUCACGCAUGUGAGCCCAACCAAUCAACGGCCUGGUUUUCGUAUGACAUCACUACCGGUGCGUGCGAACCAAUAACCGGAUGCUACAAGAGGGGUGACAGGAAUGCGUUCGAAACAAAGCUCAGCUGCGAGAUAAACUGCUUCGGCAGACGGCCGGAUAUUUCAACUGAUGCCUUGACGAGAGAGUGCCGCCUUAAUCCGAUGCCGGGAAUGUGCCAACCGGAGAACAAACGGACGUUCUGGAGCUUUAGCCAAAAGACCGGAAGUUGCGUUCAGAUAACCGGAUGUUACACCGUCAAGGACCGCAAUGUCUGGCUGUCGCGCGACAUGUGUCGCAACAGGUGUCUAGAACAUAAACCGGAAACGCUCCCGGCGACGAUUUCAAACUCUCUCGUUAACUCCGAAGUAAAUACGUCGGCGUCGGUGAUGGAAGAAGAAAUCAGUAACCAGGGUAGGCGAGAAUGGGGUUUCACAAGACCGGAUACUGUAGAAGUUGUCGUUGACCAAAGGACGACCGCUGCGCCGGCGACCGUCCCGGAGGUGGCAACAGGUCCGCGACAGGAGUUAGUGGUCGCCGACAUGGUCACUUCUUUUGACAUGGAAGUUCCAGUUCAACCUGACCAAACCGGAAGUGGGCCGCAUACUCCGAACGGGGCGCCAUCAGGCACUGGAAACGUUCCCACUACACUGUCGCCGGCUAGAAAUUUGCUUCGAGACGUUAAUUUUCUUCGUAAUUUACGAGCCUUAGCUGCCAGUAGAGCGAUUAACACAAUUUUGGAAUAAGUUAAUAAUUAUUCACAUGUAAUUAGUUACUUUUGUGCAUCAUAUAAAAGAAAAUAUAUUUGCAAAAUGGACAUUGUAUCAGUAUAUUUGAUAACAUUAAUGACAUUUAGAUUAUGUAGAUCGUGUAAUCGAUCUACUGCCCAUACUGUUUUGCUUUAGAGAAAUCUAACGUUGAAAUUUAUAUAACAGCCUUAUACGUU